GGACAGAAGGAGGGCGGUUUGAAAACAAAGCGGCUGUCAACAUGUUUGAAAUACUCCAAAAUACCUGACAAGACCGAAGUGAGCAUUCACUGUCAGUAAGAUACCUUAUCUGCAAACUAGUUGAGACGAAUGGUUGAUGUAUUAUUGCAGUCUUCUCGGGACUUUACUUAAAUUUAAUAAACUUGCUACGCUAGCUAGUGAGCUAGUUGCUGUUGCCUGUGGUUAACAGCGGCUGCUGGCUGUCUUUAACUUCUCUUUCCGCCAACUUAAUGCUGAUCCAGUGCACCACAAAAUUGCGACUUUCUCCAUUGUAGCCUAACGCAAGCUGUCAAAAUGGCGAGUGUGCAUGAAAGUUUGUAUUUCAACCCUAUGAUGACGAACGGGGUGGUCCAUGCUAACGUGUUCGGUAUCAAAGACUGGGUGACUCCGUAUAAAAUCUCCGUCCUGGCGCUGCUUUACGACAUGACUGCAUCCAAAAUCUCACUACCAGAAAGAAGACGACUGAACAAACUCAUCCUACCGUUGCAGCAGGGUCCAGACCUGACCCUCGGCCAGUUCCUGAAGACUGUGGAGGAGUGCUGUCCUCAGACUGCAUAUGCCGUCAAACUCAGGCUGCAUGAAAUGGCAGAUGGAGAGCUGAAAGACAUGGAGAACUUCUUUUCAACUCUUCCAUUCACUGCAUUUGAUUCAGAGGCCUAUAAAACCAGUGUUGUGGGUCUUUUUAUGAGACACAUGCUUCUGGCCUACAACAAGCUGUCUUUCAGUCAGGUCUACAAGCUGUACAAGUCCUUGCAGCACUACUACCACAGUCACUUCGCCAAGCCUACCGACGGGCAGGUGGCUUUACCAGUGCUGGUGGCUGACGACUCUGACAUGGACCUCACCAGCACUGAGGACACUGUAGGGGACAGGAUAGACAGGGAGGAGCUGGACACCCCGCUGCAUGAGUCAGAGCUUCGGAAUGACAAUACUCCAAGCAAAGGUCCCCUGUCACAGAAACAAGCAGAAUACUUUCUUGCAAGACAGGCAUAUCUUCUGAAGAACGAUGAGAACAAAGCUCUGAAGCCCGCCGCGCUGCAGGAAGAGCUCAACAACAUGCUCAAGUUUAACCCAGAUUUUGCUGAGGCGCAUUACCUAAACUACCUGAACAGCAUGAGAGUCCAGGACAUCUUCCUCUCCGCCCACAGUCUGCUGCAUUAUUUUGACCGCCUCAUCUUGUCUGGAAAUGAAGGAAAGAGUAAUGGAGACGAGGGUUAUGGCCGAAGUCUCCGCUAUGCUGCUCUCAACCUGGCGAGCCUGCACUGUCGCUUCGGACACUAUCAGCAGGCUGAUCUGGCUCUACAGGAGGCUAUUCGUAUUGCCCAGGAGUCCAACGAUCACGUGUGCUUACAGCACUGUCUGAGUUGGCUCUACACACUGGAACAGAUGAAGGGAUCUGACAGCACUGUGCUAACUGAGGAUUCAGUGAAAAUGGCUGCCCAUUUCUGCCUGCCAUACCUGGCAUCUCUGGGCAUUCAGUCUUUGGUCCAGCAGGGGGCGACACAGGGUAAGACAGCUCACAAGCUAAUGGAUGCACUGAAGGACACGGACAUCCUGCACUGGAAGCACAGUCUGUCGGAGCUGAUUGAGAUCAGCCUGGCUCAAACUACAUCCAUAUGGAGGAUGUACGGCAAGAGCACCAUGGCUCUGCAGCAGGCCCAGCUGCUUCUCAACAUGAGCAGUCUGGAGCCAGUCAACUUCGGGGUCCAGCAGAACAACACAGAGGCGUUCGCCGUGGCCCUGUGCCACCUGGCCGAGCUGCACGCUGAGCAGGGUCUGUACUGUGCAGUCUCAGAGAUUCUCCAGCAUCUGAAAGAACAGUUUCCUCCUCACUCACAGCAUGCCAAGCUCUGGAUGCUGUGUGAUCUGAAAAUCCAGUUUGAGAGACACAUGAACGAAGGGAAAUACCAUUUGGCAGAACCACUCGUCACAGCCAUCUCUGCCUUAAACAAAACAGAAGGUCUCUACAGGAAAGCUCAAGUUCUGAAGGCUCUCAACCGGAGCACUGAGGCAUACAGCAUCCUACAGCGGCUGCAGGCGCACUGUGAGAAGACUAAAUGUACAGAGGUGGUCAUCAGGGUUAUGCUUUCCACCGCGGAGCUCCACUGGGAGUCGUCUGGCUUCUCCACAGCUCUUCCUCUCCUCCUGCAGGCCUUGGCUUUGGCUAGACAGCACCACCUACAGUCCCUGGCCUCAGAGACCAUCCUUCACCUGGCCUUCACUCAGCUGAUGUUGGGUGUUCCUGAACACGCUCUGAGCGUUCUGCAUGAAGCCAUUGAGCCUGUUCUGGCCCACGGAUCGGUCAUGGACAAGGGCCGAGCCCUGCUGCUGACAGCCCGCUGUCAGAUGGCGGUGGCUGGGUUCAGGCCAAACGGCCAAGGGCAAGCAGAUUUGCAUUUGGCGGUUUCUGCUGUUGACACGCUGAAUGAAACAGCUGCGUAUUUCUCUAAGCUGAGCUGUAAGGAGCGGCUGCGGGACGUCCAUUACAUGCAGGCUCAGCUCCACCGCUCUCUGGGUCAAACCUCGCAGUGCAACAAAAGUGCCAUGCUCUUCCGGCUGCUGGACCAGGAGCUGCAGUCACCAGCACCACCAGUCUCCAUGCGACUAUAAGAGUCAUUUCGGCUACUCACAAGGACGCAACACCUCCUCUACCUGCUGAGUUGAGUCACUGCAGCUCACCACUAGAUGGCGAUGAAGCUCUGUCCUGCUCUGUGAUCACUUAAUCAUUUUGUCUGUAAAUAUUUGGGUAAUUGUGAAACUCUUUGCACGCAAUGCCUGGAUAAUAAUUGGAGAGGAAACUAGUCGUAAAUAAGACUGAGUUACUGGCAGAGCUGUUUGCCCUUCCCAUAUUUGAAUGAUGGCCUCAUGAUAAACACAACAUGUGUUUUUUGUAAUACUUCAACCACAGCAACAGUCCAGGUUUGUCAGACAGAUAUAACAUGCCUUUCUGACGGCGUGGUCCAAAGGUUUAUCAGGAGCUGUCACAGCCGGUGCCGAUUUAUCCGUCGCUUUUUGAUAAAUGAGGGUAAUAUCACAGUUAGCUACAAGAUGAAUGUGUUUCAGUGGCCCGGAUGAUUCAUAUUUCUCCAGGAGAAUACAGAUGAAGCUGGAAAUCGUGAUCACAUUUAUAAUGUAAUGGACCCCGAGAUGACAUAACAGCAGAUACUGUAUCUGUAUUCCACUUACGUCUGACACGAUUUUUGCUCGAUAACAUUACAUUUCGGUGUCCUGACGGGCCUGUAAUCAAUUACUUGUUGCACUUCUUUCAAGAAAAUAAACAACUUGUUUCAGUUUAAGUAUAGGAAUAAUUGUCUCUGUAGUGGGGACAUCUCUGUGGUGGAGUUGUACUUUCAGUAGUAUCUAAAGGUGUCCAUAUCUUGCUGCACAAGAAUCUCUACAAUAGGGUGUAUGUAUUGAAGCCUUCAGUUGACAGGAAGUCUCUCUCUCUCUCUGUGUCCCAUUAACCAUCUGUGCAGGCCUCCUGAAAGUUCCUGUUGCCUGAGUUAAAGUGCCAUGUUUGGCUUCAUGUCAUUUAACGUAUAAACAGAUGGAUUACAGUGGUGCGUAGUAAAAGCAGGCCUGUGUCCUAUGUAAAUAGUCUUGCUAUACAACUGGUGCUUGUUGUGAUGUGGCUUCAGGCACGGGGCCAUAUGCUACCUGUAUUUACACGUUUAUCUUGAUUACAACAAGCAGAGCAUGCCCUUCAGCACACACUAUAAAAGGAAUGUGUGUGUUAACAGUGUAGUGUAUGGCGCUCCAUUUCUGCUGUCAACUAAAAAGUCUUAAGAUUCGAGCCAUUCAUUAUUAUCCAUCAUGUUGCACAGAACCUUUUACAGCAGAAGGCUUUCUUUUUGAAUUUGAUGCUGCUGGUUACAAAUUGCAUUUAAUGCUGCAGAGCAAUUUACACAGUUUGAGAAAAUUCUACCAUCUGUGAGAUAUUAAAUUUCUUUCAUACCUGGGAAAAAAACAGAUUUUUGCUGAGAAGAAGUUCAGAAAAGUUCUAAAUGACAAAGAGAUGACAUUUCUAAGGUUGAGGUUUUUACCCAAAGGCUGCUGUUACUUGGCUUUUCAUUUUCUCACAGAGCACACAUGAAUGGAGCUAUUUGCUGAAUACUGAUUGAAACUCACUGGACAGUGAAAGUAAAACAGGGUCAGCCUCUUCAGGGGUCCUGAGUCCUGCACACGUUUUGUUUACCUCCACUGACCGUAAUUGAACCUCAGUCCUUAAGCGUGUUAGUGCUGGAGCAGUGAAUUGAUUAAUAGGUUCGGCAAAAUAAAUUGAAAACAAAUUUUCGGACUGAUUAAUCUUUUCAGUCAUUAAUCAGGUAAAUAUGCUGAACAUUCAUUGUGCCAGCUACUUUUUUGUUUUUGCUGUAUGUGCCCUGGAUUUAAUGUAUUUACAACCCUUUUUUUCAAAGAAGUUUUCUGAAACAUUAUUAAAAAAAAGUGCAAUUAUUUGCUAAUCCUUUUUGACAUAUAUUCAGUCAACUCUAAAAAAAUAAAAUAAAAUAAAAAUACA